AUGACUAAGUUUCUGGAGGGCUACCAAACGCUCACGACCAUCAUCGGAGACGAUACGGUGGACAAUGCCAUCAUUGAGGCGAUCAAGUGUCACCGAGUGAAUAUGUUGCAAGCUUCGUACAAGCUCUACACGGUCGAUACGUACUUCCAGUCGGCCGAGAGGGAUCGAAAUGAUCCAACCUAUGGCUACAAUCUCAACCCUUACCCGCUCUGGGAAGCGUUGUACUGCGAGGCGAACGUGUCCAUGGUUAUGGAGGAGGUUCUGCCGGCGAUUGCGUUUCGCAACCCGGUGGCCCGGGUGGUGCUGCUCGUACGCGGCAUCGCAAAGUACGAUAUGCUGCAGUUCUUUCGCCGCGCCUGGACACGGUACAAGAUGCUGGACAUUCUGAUACUGAGCCGCAUCGACUAUCAAACGUUGCUGGUGUGUCUGUUCAACCCAUACCUGACCGGGCGGGACGAGAUGGCGGACGAACGCAACAUGUUCUGCUAUCAUCUGCGCACGAUGGAAGAUGUGGCACAGUUCAACCAGGAGGCGCAGCGGUUCACUUACGAGCGGAUUAACAACCUGCAUCACUAUCAGCUACAGGUGGCCAUUACGGAUGUGGAGCUGAUGUCGAAAGCAGUUUACUUUCAAAACGGGUCGAUUCAUCGCUAUCAAUACCUGGACGGAGAGAUGGUGGAAAUUUUUCGCCAAAGAAUGAACUUCACCAUCAAAUAUCUCGAACUAAACUACCAAGAGUCGGUCGGCUUCAUUUCAUCGAACGGCAGCAUCGGUGGAUCGCUGAAGAUGCUCGAGGAAAACACGAUCGAUCUAGCGGCCAACUCGCGCUCGAUCAUGCAGCACCCCAUGCGCAACCUGCAGUACGUCCAUUUCCUGUGCCCCAUCCGGUUGGUGUUUGUGGUCCCGUUCAACUAUUUCGCCAAUCGCUACAAGAUGGUCUUCUUCCAUGCCUACUCGCUGCAAAUGUACCUCACGAACAUUGCCAUGGCCGUGCUCAUACCGUCCCUGCUGCUGGUGCUGAUGCGCCGUGACUUUUCCGUACCCGCGUACGUAAAGGAGUCGUUUCGCAUUCUGGCGAUUGUGUUUGCGUGCAGCGUCGCCUUGCCACGGAACACGCGCCAUCGCCUGGUGCUGAUGGGGUUGAUGUUUUACAGCAUCGUGGCCUACUCCGCCUGGCAGGGCAUUACGAUCGUGCAGCUAAACCAGGACGACGAAAAGCUGCGCAACAUACAAACGCUCGAGGAGCUGGCCGAAACGGACCUGGACCUGAAGGCCAUCGUCACGUUCGGCAAUGCGAUUCGCGGCAAGGCGUGGAAUGGGAGCGAUGUGCGGGGCCGCAUUGCAGCGCGGCUCGAUGUACAGUGGACGCCGUCCAACAUCAGCAUCAUACCGGAGGUGGCGGACAAUCGUACAACCGCGGUGCCGAUCAUAGAGUACUUUGUGGAGGUAGUGCGAUCGCGCUACUUCGACUCGGUGCGCAAGCGCAGCAAGGUGUACUUCAUCCAUGAGCCGUUCAUCGAGUAUCUGACCGCGAUGGCACUGCCGAAGAACUCGCCACUGUUUCCCACCAUCCGACGGCUGACGAUGAGCUGUCUCGAGAAUGGAAUCGUAAACUUUCAGCUCUCGCUCAUACGGCACAAGGGCGUGCUGCUGCAGAUCGCCCAGAAUCGCAACAGAACUUUGCGCGACGAACCGCCGGCAAGAAAGGUGAACCUGUUCAACAUGCGCUUCGUGUUUUACGUGUAUCUGAACCGUGCCAGUUCCAGUGCCCGCUCCCUGUUCGGCUCAUUUUCCUGUACCGGUACCACAUCCAAACGCUGUGCCCCAUCCGGCGGUUGA